CCGAGUUACUUCCCCGCCCAUCGCAAUCGGUUGGUGCUCACGACAAGCCAUAACGGCACAGCUCAAUGAACCGCCUUCAGAGGUACGACCAGAAUGUCUUCAGCAUUGCGGACCUCCAGCGAGAGGGGACGAAGAAGUUGUCAAAGAUGAUCGGGGAGUACUACAACGAAGGGGCAAUGGACCUUUUGAGCAUGAACGACAACAUUGCCGCUUUCGACCGCGUUCGUCUCCGCCCACGCGUGUGCAUAGACGUUUCGAAGGUUGAGAUGACCACCGAGUGCUUUGGCGCCAAGGUCACAAUGCCUUUGGGCUUUUCCCCGGCGGCGAUGCACGGCAUGGCUCACAUCGAUGCGGAGCUGGGCACUUCGCGGGCUGCUGCCAAAGCUGGCUGCAAUAUGGUGCUGUCCACCUGGUCAAAUCAUUCCAUUGCCGACGUGGUCAAGGUCGGCAACGGAUAUGAGAACGCUUAUGGUCAACAGCUCAGCAUAGUCGAGUGCUGGGACACCAACUUGCACAUGAUCCGCAACGCCGAGAAGGCAGGUUGCGCAGCCCUCGUCCUCACCGUUGACUGCGCCUACCUCGGCCGUCGGCUUAACGAGUACCGUAACGAUUUCACCCUUCCCGAGCACCUCACCUUUCCAAACCUUCCGCCCGGCAUUAAUCCAUACAACUUCGUUCAGAACGACCCUCGCACUGCUUACGACCGAGCUUUCACUUGGGAUAAGGUCAAGAAGAUCGUUGACACGACCUCGUUGCAGGUCUACCUCAAAGGAAUUCUUACUGCCGAGGACGCGCUUCUCGCCGCAGAGUCUGGGGUCCAUGGCAUAAUCGUCUCCAACCACGGCGGCCGGCAGCUAGACGGCGCCAUUUCCACCUUCGACGCGCUGGAAGAGAUUGUCAAUGCCGUCAAGGGCCGCAUACAAAUUCACUUUGACGGCGGCAUUCGCCGCGGCAGCGACAUUUUCAAGGCGCUCGCUAUGGGAGCUGAUUAUUGCUGGGUGGGCAGAAUUCCGGUGUGGGGCCUCGCGUAUGACGGCGAGAACGGUGUAAGCCUUGCCCUCAAGCUGCUGCAUGACGAGUUGCUCAUCACCAUGGCCCUCUGCGGCUGCGCUAAGCUAAGCGACAUUCGACGCAGCCACCUGGCGCGACUCCGUGGAGACGGCACAUUCUCCAAGCUAUGAUCUUCAGUCGAGACGGGCUUCGUUAGAGUGAUCAGGAAUAUGCAUGGCUACUGCACUUCCC